AAUCGCUGUGGUGGACCAGACAGCAGCAGCUCCUAUUUUAGAGAUGUACUCGUAUUAAAGAAGUUUUUUUUAUCUACUUUGUUAAGUCAUUCGACCCAUAAGUGCAUCUACAUUUUUGAUUCCUUCCACCCUGAGACGGAUGUGCAUCUUCCAGGAGUGGAUAUGUACCAGGGCAUCAUGACCACCAACCACGGACACCCGUCCUACGAGGCCGGCUUCCUGCACAACUCCUCGGGUACAUCCCCGGUCUAUGUACCCACCACCCGGGUCGUCACCCCGAUGAUCCCCACCCUGCCCUACCUCCAGACGCCCGGGGCGUCACAGACGAGCACGCCGGCCUCGAGUCACUCUGCCUGGGCUCAACCCGGCGCCGAGUCGGUGUCGUCGUACAACCACUCCCCGGUUUCUCCGCGUUUCAGCUUCUCCACAAGCCCACCCGCGAGGGAGCAGGCGGCGGCGGCGGCCUCCUACAGCAGCCCACUCGGCAUCUCUGCGAAUGGAAGAGAGCACUAUAGCGCCCGGGGUCUCGGUGGGUCAUACCACAGCCCCUACCCGGCCUACAUGAGCCCCAACGUGGGGGGAACGUGGUCGGCGUCACCCUUUGACAGCCCGGUGUUGCACGGCCUGCAGAGCGGAGGUCCAACAGGCGCAACACGCCACCCAAACAUAGAUAUAUUUGACGACUUUGCAGAGGGUCGAGAAUGUGUCAACUGUGGUGCCAUGUCCACACCGCUGUGGAGGCGAGACGGCACGGGCCACUACCUUUGCAACGCCUGCGGACUCUACCAUAAGAUGAACGGCAUCAACAGACCCCUCAUCAAGCCCCAGAGACGACUGUCGGCCUCCAGGAGGGUCGGCCUGUCCUGCACCAACUGUCACACCACCACCACCACCCUGUGGCGACGAAACGCAGAGGGCGAGCCCGUUUGCAACGCCUGUGGACUCUACAUGAAGCUCCACGGGGUCCCGCGACCCCUGGCUAUGAAAAAAGAGGGAAUCCAGACCCGCAAGCGCAAACCUAAGAACCUGAGCAAGACUCAAACUGGUGGUCCAGGCACCGAGGGAGCUUCAGUGACACCAACAAGCAGCACUCCCAGGGCCUCCAUCACCUCCUCCUCCUCCAGCACCUCCUCUAUGUCUGAGGAGGCCCGGCAGAUUAAGACAGAACCAGAGACGCCCAGUUUGUACACACACAGCGGUGUGCACACACAGGUUUCAGCUCUGCCAGCCUACAUGGCAUCUCCAGGUGGGGCUCUUGCUCUCAAGAUGUCCCCGGGGGGGCACGGCGCGUCGUCGGGCUCAAAAGCCGAGCCGUGGAACAACCUCAUCCUGGCUUAGAACGCAGCAGAUCCUCACGGCAGGAUGGAGACAAAUCAAAGAGCAGAAAAGACUGACUAUGAAAAGCCAGGUUGUAUCACUCCCACUAUGGAGGACCACCUGCUCUACUUGACUUAAAUACCUGACAGUCGAUUUACGUUGAAUAUGUGACACCAAAACAGGUCAGAGUUCAAUAUACACUCAGUAUUGACACAGCGUCUGCUCUUAAAAUUGAUAACGUCAGCGGCCAAUGUGUUGCGCAAUGCAAACAAGUGAUAUGGAUGCUGCAAGCAAGUAGAGCCCUCUGCUGGCAGAACUGUAAACUGCACCCACAAUAACGUUAAACUUGAACCUGUCCUCUCAGGCAUUUAGACUGAAAAUGAAAACCCACUACAUGGCUUGAAAAUGAACUUUGUGGUUUUAAUCACUAAAGGGUUGGUUGGGAGAAAAAUACACUUUACACUAAAAUAACAAAAUACAGCAUUACAGUCGUCCCUCGCUCUAUCACGGUUUGAAUAUCUAUGGUGUUUUUUGAAAGAAAUAAUUCUAAAUGAUCAGUUUUGUUGUUGACUAAGGCCUGUUAUUAGUAAAAAAAUAUAUAAGACAAGUUAUAUGUAGUAUAAUAGGCAUCACUAAUAUUAUGAGACAUGACGUUAGCUUAUGUUACCUUUCACACUGCAUGGAGACUGGCUACUGAGCUAGCAGAGCCGAGCCGACAUGCCAAGGUCUUCUCCACCACACUAAGUUUAGAAUAAGUAGUAAAUUGGAGAGGCUAACAAGUUAGCUUGGUAACUUGCUAUGCUCGCGACUCUUACUGUAUGAUAUAAACAAAGAAUAAUAGGAGUGUAAAGGUGACUGUAGGGGUGUUAUUUCAUGUCUACAGGGCUCUAACAAUGUUAAAACCUGCAUUUAGAAAGUCAAACAGGUUUUCAAUGCAUUAACUACAAAAAUAUUAGAUUAAUGAAUAUUUAAUUAUCAAUUCACUUAUUGCGGUUGAGCCUGGAACCAAUUAACCGUGAUAAACGAGGGAUGUCUGUAUAAUUCUCAUUGUAUGCCAUGUUUAUGGAUAUAGCAUGAAGUCCAAAUAAUUUUUGAAGGAAAUGGCACAAGAAAGUGGACCAAAAACUUUAAGACACUGUGUUAUCCAUCUAUCCAUUUACUAUACCACUUAUGCUCAUUAGGGUCGCGCGGGUAUGCUGGAGCCUAUCCUAGCUGAAAGAAGCUACAUACAUUUUGAUAAAAACUCUCAUAUCCACAAUGUUUCAUACACCUUUUCAAUAUGUACAUGCAUAUCCAAAGUUUUACGUUCAUAGUGGAGUACGGCGGAAUACUCAAAUGUUCUUGAGUACCUCUAGCACGGUUCUCCUGCCACAGUUUUAGACUCAGUGUUCUCGUUUAUUGUAGAGGUUAAAAGGGUUUUUUCAGUUGCCUGAAAAUUGUCCAAUAAGAGGAAAAAUAAUAGUGAAUAACAAAAAUGUCUUAAUAUCUAUUCAAAAAAAUGUACCAGAAGUUACCAUUCAACAAAUAUGCAUCGACAUUUCAAAAUUUGACCAUGACAUGAAUUAUUAUUAUUUAAGUAGCCGCCCUCCUCACUAGCCACAUAAAUCCCUGUUAGUAUUUAUUUGUAAAGGUGCAACCCAUAGUGACGUUCUGUUCUAAUUACCAUGUUUAACCUUCAUUUUAGGGCGGGUGUGCCAUGACUGUACAGUAUUUUGUUUGUAAAUGUGGUAUAUUGUGCUAUGUUUCAUUACCUAGGCUGCAACUUUAUUUACAUGUAAAGGCUCUCCACUCCAGUAUAAUUGUGUAAUUCACCUUUUGUGCUAUAUUGCAUUGAGAUGCACUAACAUGACACUACCUGAUACUUUCUCUUUGGUGCCGCUGUGGCUCUUAACCGAGUGCACAAUGUGACACCAAGCAAAUGCAUGGUGUAUGUGUACAAAUGUCGGCAUUUGCAUUUAAUAAAAGGGAAGGUGA